CCGUAUUCCAACCUACUUGCGACUGUCGGUGAGCAACCCUGCCUGACUGGUCUCACUCAGAGAGUGACCGCCUACAUACAGUUUCCAUUAGGUUGGGUCAAUGUCUAUCGCACGUGUUGGGUGUGUAAGCUACGGCCCAAAACCACACAGGCCCAAAUGGUUAUCUAGAUGGACGGAUGAUGAGGACGGUACAUCAGGCCGGCUGAUAAGUCGCGGGCGCGGUUUGACUCGGUGGUGGUGCAUGCGGAGAUUGUACUUAGUGGAAAGGCCCACCAUUACUAAGUACUAAGGCACAAAUUGUCAUCCACAUUCCGCCCCUUCGCUACCAGCUUGUCAAGAUCAUCUGCAAUUUCAGUCUGACUGUUUCAAAGAACAA